AUGUCGUCGCAGUCGAACAGUGAUGGCCCACGUGAGGUUGACACCCUUCGCGUAUUGAUCUCCACAGACAAUCACCUGGGCUAUGCAGAAAAGGAUCCUGUACGUGGCGAUGAUUCAUUUCGUUCUUUUCGCGAAAUCUUGCAGCUAGCACAGCGUGAGCGCGUGGACCUGCUUCUUCUAGGUGGCGACCUAUUUCACGAAAAUAAGCCAAGUCGUCAUACGCUGUACGAAACAAUGCGUCUGCUACGAGCUUAUUGCAUGGGCGAUGGUGCGGUUAAUUUUCAAGUUGUGAGCGACCAAAGCGUCAACUUUCCUAACUUUGGCGUUGUGAAUUUCGAGGAUCCCAACUACAAUGUGGAACUGCCUAUCUUUAGCAUUCACGGAAAUCAUGACGAUCCCAGUCGAGAAGGUGGAGGAACUGCCACGCAAUCGCUUGCGGCGUUGGAUCUCUUAAGUGCUGCUAAUUUGAUCAAUUACUUUGGUAAAAGCGAGAAAGUGGAUGCAGUUGAAGUAUUUCCGGUUCUCCUUACGAAAGGGAAUACAAGAGUGGCGGUAUAUGGACUAGGGAAUAUGAGAGAUGAGAGACUAAAUCGGAUGUUUGCUCAGGGAAAGGUGGUGUUCAGAAGACCGGCGGAACAUGCUGAGGAGUGGUUCAGUAUCUUUGUGGUGCACCAGAACCGAGAUGAUAAAGGACGAGGCAGUAAAAAUUGCGUUCCAGAAAGUGUAAUACCAAAUUUUAUUGAUCUUGUGGUCUGGGGACAUGAACACGAAUGCCAGAUUGACGUUCAAGAGAGUGUCAAAGGUGAUUUUUUUAUCACGCAGCCUGGAUCAUCGGUUGCGACAUCGCUUGUAGAAGGAGAAGCCAAGCCUAAAAAUGUUGCUGUCGUCGAAAUCAAUGGCACAACCUUUCGCAUGACAAAUUUUGAGCUGCACACGGUACGACCUUUUAAGAUAGGUGAAGUGAUUUUAAGUGAAGUUGAGGACUUGGAGCCGAACGAUCCCGAUGUUACAGAACGUAUAGGAGAAUACUUAGAGGGGAGAGUGAUAGAAUUAUUACAGGAGGCCGAGGUGGAGCAACAAGAGCGGCAGAGAAAGUAUGCGAUGGACUAUGAACAAAAGCAGCAAGAAAGUCCAUAUCCGUUGCCAGAGGCUUCAAUCGGGCAAAUAAACGAGAAGGUUCUGGUGCUCAUUCGAUUACGCGUGGAACAUACCGGCUUUCCUGUGCUAGUGAAUCAACGUUUUGGUGCAAAGUUCGUGGGUAAAGUGGCUAACCCCAAUGAUAUUUUACUAUUCCACAGGCGAAAGAAAGAUCGUACAAAUGCUUCAGACAAAAAGACUGGUAUGGAACUAGAGAAAUCCUUACUCGGGCGUCCUUUAAAGCCGAUUCCUUUAGCGGCAGUGACAAUUGAGGACAUCUUAAGCAAGCAAUUGUGUGCACCUGAGCGAAAACUCGUACUUCUUCCAGAGGCUCAACUAGGAAUUGCGCUAGAAAUGUUUACACUGAAGAACAACUCGUCAGCUAUCCAAGAAUUUGUGGAUGGCGUACUCGAUGCAACACAACGCGAAUUGAGUUCUAAGAGUGACGCAAAAUCGACACGGGAUAUUCUUAGCGUUGUCGAAAAAAAGAAAGAAGAAUCCGAUGCGUUGCAUCUACUGCAAAAGGAAGAAGUCGAGUUGACGAAGGCCGAUUCUGAAACGGCUUCGUUGAAUAAUAGAUUUCAAUCAAGACGAACCGCGCCAGAUAAUGAUGCUUCGAUUAAGCAUCGUCAUGGGCGGUUUGGCACACCGCGAUCUUUACGGGAAAAAGAGGGAACCUCAACGAAAAAAGGCAAACAAAACUCAGUUUUUUCCGACCUUGAAUGUGACAGCGAUACGAGUCCACGAACAAAAAAAGCAUGUCAAAAGGUUUCAUUCCGAUCCACACGAAAUACAAAAAAAAUUGAAGAUGUUUUACGAUCAGAUGAGGAGGAAGAUUUUGUAGAUGCAACUGCUGAAGAUGAUGGUGACGAGGACUUUAAGCCAGAAGAGUUUUGUGAGGAUGAAGAAGAAAUGACACCGCGACCUUCAAUCAGGUCACGGUCAGCACGACCAAUGAAAGUAAAAAAAGGUACAAAGAGGUUGCGCAAGAGAAGGAGUGAUCUUGACGAGAAAGGUGAUGAUCAUGAAAUUGAUCUGCCCAAUAGACAGAGUAGAACAAAGCGUUCCGCUCCACAUGACUCACAAGCAAGCGUGGUGUUGGAUCUGUGCUCAGAUUCUAGCCAUGAAGAUGAGCAAAAAAAGACCAAAAUACCCCGACGACACAAGAUCGACGAGUUGUUCAAGAAGCAGCAGGAGAGAUACGAUGACGAUGAUGUAGAGGAAGAUAAGCAAUUUACACAACUUGCUGACGCCCGCGGCCUCGGCCCCUCACAAUCCCAGUCUGAAUCGCUUGGAACUCACGCCCGCUUGGUAGGCUCUGCGCGGCGCAAAUUGCCUUUGUCAAUGGUGGCUGCCUCGCAAUCUCAGUCUCAAGAAAUGAAACGUGAAAAUUCCUCAUCGAUUGCUCGCAAAAGAUGGGGUCGCUCUCGUCGUUAG